AUGAAACUGAGAGUCAUUGCGCUUCUUGCACUGGUCGGAGCCACUUUUGCGGCUCCACAAGGUCUCUUUGGCCAUCACCAUCAUCAUCAUCACGGCCACAAAACAAAGGCACCACGAACCACUCGUGGACCAACUACUCUUGCUCCGAAUCCGAAGACCGCAGCCCCUUCGCUGGCGCCGAUCUCUGAGAAGCCAAUCCCAUCGGAGAGCCCCGCUCCUUCCGAUGCUCCCUCUGAACAGCCAUCUUCCGUGGGUACAGAGAGCUCUUCGUCUGCAGCGAGCAUCUCAUCCGAGUCUCCUGUGGAACCGUCUGCUUCCUCAGCUGCCCCGUCGUCUCUUGCUCCGAAAUCAUCGAAAUCUCCAUCCUCCUCCGCAGCGCCGCCAUCAAAUUCCCCUGCGCCCAACAAUGGCAGUUCUUCUGCACCGAAUGUAAUUACUGAAGAACCAUCAUCUGCUGCUCCUUCUGGACGACCUAGCUCGCCGGAGCCUUCUAAUGAGCCACAACCUUCUGAAUCUCCGAGCCCAUCUGAUGAGCCACAGCCAUCUGGACCUCCCAGCUCACCGAAGCCUUCUGAUGAGCCCCAACCUUCUGGAUCUCCGAACCCUGCAGAGCCUUCUCAUGAGCCACAACCAUCCGGACCGCCAUCUCCAGCUCCAUCCGAUGAGCCACAGCCUUCUGAAUCUCCGAGCCCAUCUGAUGAGCCACAGCCAUCUGCACCGCCAUCUCCAGCUCCAUCCGAUGAGCCACAGCCUUCUGAAUCUCCGAGCCCAUCCGAUGAGCCACAACCAUCAGGACCUCCCUCUCCAAUUCCAUCCGAGCGCCCGGGCCCGCCAGGACCUCCUGUACCCACCCGUCUUCCGGUCCCGCCAGGCACAACCCGUCGUCCUGGACCCCCAGGCCCACCAACUCGUCGUCCUGGACCCCCAGGCCCACAAACUCGUCGUCCUGGACCCCCAGGCCCAUCAACUCGUCGUCCUGGACCUCCCCAUCAUCAUGGACAUAGACAGAAGUGA